AUGACUUCGAGCGUAGACAGUAUGUUUAAACGCGUAGAGACGGAUUCCUGCCCUGAUCCUCCACGGAGUGCCAAUACAAGAAUUGCUGGCACUGCUGGUUUUGCCAUGGGUUAUCCAACUGUUCUAACGAAUAAGAACGACUCGCCAUUAUACCCACUGGGUGUGAGACCCAUACCACCGCCACCUACAAUGCUACAUUUUUGGCAGUACCCAGAGUACCGAACCUUUGCCUCUCGGUAUGCAACAUUUCAAGACUGGCCAAAAUUUUUAAGGGGACCCAACAAAAAAGACUUGGCUCGAGCAGGGUUCAUCUACACUCAGACUGGAUAUAAAGUAACCUGUUUUUGUUGUGGAAUGACGCUGAGUGAGUGGGAACCCGUCGACGACGCCUUCCGAGAACAUCAUCGCUGGUCGAGAUUUUGUCAGUAUGCUCAAAUGGUGGGCGACGAAAAAAACUAG